GCACAUUAUAACCUAAUUGCAAAGAUCUGUAGCUGUAAAGGCUGAAGCCCAGGCCUGUGUGAUUAAACCUCUGCCGCGGGUUCAAGCGUUCGCUCAAGACUAUUGACGCGCUUACCCAAAAACUCUGAUAGAUUGUUUUCAAGAUGCGGUUACUACUGCAGGCACCGCUUUUAGUGGCGGUGUUUCUGCUGGCCUUGCAUUUGGCUGGCAUGGCGAAAUCCCAGCCAACAAUCGCUGCAACCACCGUUGACGCCCUAAACGCAACAAUGCAGACCGCGGUUCCGGCUGUACUAAAAGGCAUCACGACCUUCUCCGGUGCCCGUAGCUGGUAUGCUUCUCCCUACAUCAUUUGGUCACCUCGCGGCUUCCCGGUCGUUCUUAGUGCGAGCAGCAAUCCUCACCCGGUGGUCUCUGCUGUUCAGCUUGAUUCCGGAAGCCGCGUAAUCGCUUUAGGGCACGAGGGCAUGCUGACAGACUGCUGCAGCGCCAACGAUGCGGUCGACAAAUUGGCCGUGAACGCCUUCAACUGGCUUUCGGACUCGCAACUCGGCCGCACUUCCCUCAAGAUUGCCACCCUCAAGAGCCCCUACUCCCCUGCCCUCACGGCGAUUGGAAAGCAACUGGCGAGCAGGCUUGGAAUCAAGGUCACCACGAGCGUGCUUACAGUUGACCAGAUACUCACCACUCCAAUUCGCAAUCUCCCAGAUAUCUACUGGAUUGACUCCUACACCACCUACACGGCCGCCCAAGUGAUCACCCUGCUGAACUAUGUGAACAAGUACGGUGGCAAUCUUAUUGUUACAGGUCAUGCAUGGUACUGGAGCUACAGCCACGACGAAAACCCGCUUACCGGGCACCCCGUUAAUGCCGUACUGUGGCCGCUGGGACUGGGCCUCACAACCAAUGGCGAAGACGGCUUCCAGGACCCCGUGCCUCAGAUCCCAAACACGUGGCUGUACUACAACGCCAACUAUACACUGUCCCGCUUGCUCGAGGCUGCUACCAAGCUCGGUCGGCCUUUCGAUACUACUAUGUAUUUGAACGCCAUUGACUGCCUGAACCAGCUGCUGUACACGCUGCCCGGCCAGUACAGUCCCGCCCUGCCCGCCACCGCUCCCAACAAGCCCUUCCAACCCGUGUGGAAUACCCUGCUUGCGGCAAGAAACACAUCGGCUCCCGGCGUUGGACCGAACAAGCCGUUUGCCCCCUGGGCAGCACACCCAGCGAGCUUCCUUGGGCCCGCCAUCGACGCCGCCAUCACCCGCAAUGGUGACAUUGUCAACCUCAAGCCCUCCAAGUCCGCGCCGCUCUACCCCGGAAUGCCUUUUCCCAAUACCUCCAAACCCAGUCCCGACCCCAUUACCCUCACCAUCAACACCACCUACACCGGCGUCAUGAUGGGCAUGCCCAUGUCGGGCAGUGGAGACCAGGUGUGGCGGUCCACGGGCCUGUACGCGCCUGCUGGCGCCAUUGUGAACGUGACGGUUGAGGCCAAGGGCGUUGGAAAGGGCCUCCUGGUUCAGAUCGGCGCGCACACGGACGGGCUUGAAUACAAGAAUCCUUGGUAUCGCGUGCCGGACGCAGUCGCCUCGUGGCCGCUGAACUCCGCCAACAUGAGCGUGGGAAGCCCCCUGGGUGGCCUCAUCUUCAUUGUCGUGCCCAAGGGCCUGAAUGCAACGGUCGGAAGCUUGCAGGUGACCAUUCGUGGAGCCCUCCGGGCGCCGUACUACCAGUUCGGAGUGACCACAGCGGCCGACUGGGUCAACACUAUCCGCUACUACCCAGCUCCCUGGGCUGAGCUGGAUAAUGGCAAGAUCGUGCUCAUGGUGCCCUCUGCGGCCAUUCGCAACAUGACGGACCCCGCUCCGCUGAUGGUCUUUUGGAACAAGGUGAUGGACGGCAUGGCGUGGCUGUCUAACAUGAGCCCCGACAGGCCCAGGGCGGAGCGUUUCCUGGUGGAUGCUGACAUCUCUGCCGGCUGGAUGCACAGCGGCUACCCGAUCAUGGCUUACGACGAUCCAGAAGUGUGGCAGGAGGUUCUUAACGUCACAAGGCUUAUGACCGAGGGAGCCUGGGGUCCUUUCCACGAGUUGGGCCACAACCACCAGUGGAGCGACAUGCAGUUCUCAGGCACGGGGGAGAGCUUCAACAACCUCUUCUCCGUUUACACUGAGGAGAAGGUUGCCGGUGUGCCCCUCACUGGCAGUGCUGCGCCCAAAGCUAGGGCCGCUGCUCGCAAGGCGUACCUGAAUAAUGGAGCCAACUGGAAAGAAGACUGGAAUGUUUGGGUUGCCCUGGACACUUAUCUGCAGCUCCAGAAAGGAUUCGGCUGGGGCUUUUACCGCAACGUUUUUGCCGCCUAUCAGAAAAUGACUACCUCUCCCGAGGAUGCUGUUCAGACAUGGAUUCAAGUUACCAGCAAGGUCGCGAACCGUAACCUAGUCCCCUUCUACAGCGCCUGGGGCUUCCCCGUCUCUCAGGACACCAAGGAUGCGGUCAGCACCCUGCCCGCAUGGACGUAGAACCCCAUGGCUUAGUAGACUUGGGAGGUGCCCUACC